GUUGCGCCCGGGGAGAUCUUAGCUCAGCUGUCAGAAUGGAGCUGGACAUCCAGUGUGAGGAGAUGAGCCCAAGCAGAUGGGCUGAACUUCUGUCCACCAUGAAAUCCUGCAAAACCAUCAGGCUGGAUGACUGCAACCUCUCCAGCAGUAACUGCAAGGACCUCUCCUCCAUCAUCCAUGUGAACCCCUCCCUGACAGAGCUGAAGCUGAACAACAACGAGCUGGGAGAUGCAGGCAUUGAGUACCUCUGCAAAGGGUUGCUGAUGCCAAGCUGCAGCCUCCAGAAGUUAUGGCUGCAGAACUGCAACCUGACCAGUGCCAGCUGUGAGACCCUGCGCUCGGUGCUCAGCGCCCAGCCCGCCCUGACUGAGCUCCACGUGGGGGACAACAAGCUGGGGACUGCUGGGGUGAAGGUGCUGUGCCAGGGCAUCAUGAACCCCAACUGCAAGCUGCAGAAGCUGCAGCUGGAAUACUGCGAACUGACGGCGGACAUCGUGGAGGCUCUGAACGCUGCUCUGCAGAGCAAGCCCACCCUGAAGGAGCUGAGCCUGAGCAACAACACCCUGGGGGAUGCAGCUGUCAAGCAGCUGUGCCAGGGACUGGUGGAGGCAAGCUGCAACCUUGAGUUACUCCACCUGGAGAACUGUGGCAUCACCAGUGAGAGCUGCAGGGAGAUCAGUGCUGUCCUCUGCAGCAAGGCAGCCCUGGUGGACCUCUCCGUGGGGGACAACAAGAUUGGAGACUCUGGGCUGGCCCUGCUGUGCCAGGGCCUGAUGCAUCCCAGCUGCAGAAUACAGAAGCUGUGGCUGUGGGACUGUGACCUCACAAGUGCCAGCUGUAAAGAUCUCUCCAGACUCAUCAGCACCAAAGAGAGCCUGGCAGAGAUCAGCCUGAUAGACAACAACCUGAGGGACUCGGGCAUGGAAAUGCUGUGCCAGGCACUCAAGGAUCCCAGAUCCAAACUCCAGGAGCUGUGGAUCAGGGAGUGUGGGCUCACCACUGCCUGCUGCAAGGCCCUCAGCUCUGCUCUCAGUGUCAACAAGCACCUGAAGGUCCUGCACAUGGGCGAGAACAAGCUGGGAGACGCCGGCGUGGAGCUGUUGUGCCAGGGGCUGCUGCACCCCAACUGCAGCCUCCAGUCCCUCUGGCUGGGGAACUGUGACCUGACUGCAGCCUGCUGUGCAAGCCUGGCCACUGUCAUGGCCACCAAGCAGUGCCUGACUGAGCUGGACCUGAGCUACAACUCCCUGGAAGAUGAAGGUGUCAGGAAGCUCUGUGAAGCCUUGAGGAGCCCCAGCUGCAGCGUGCAGCAGUUGAUUUUGUAUGACAUUUACUGGAGUUCUGAGGUGGAUGAUGAGCUGAGAGCCCUGGAGGAGUCCAAGCCCGACGUGAAGAUCAUUUCUUGAGUGGUGACUGCCUGCAGAGCACCAUCAAAGCAAUGUCCUCAUCUGAAGCUGAACUCCUUUGUCCCCAUGUAAAGCUAAUUAACUUAAUAGAGAAUUUGCUAGUACCAAAAAGGGUUGUGGAUUCCCUGAGGGGGUGCCUGGGGGGGAGCUGCUCAACCUUCUGAGCCUCUUGGGAUGUGCUGACCCCAAGGCUCCUGGGAGCGUUGGACAUGUUCACUGCAGUGUUACUGUCCUGGAAAUAAACAGUUCCUGGGCAUCUUCUGGCAGUGAGUCUCUACCCUUCAGCUCCUCUUUAAUCCUGUUGAUUAGGCUGGCUUGAAAGAGAGCUGCUCUCCAGAGGCAGGAGGAGAGCUGCCCACAGGGGUGCUUUUGCCAGGCCUGUGGAGCAGCCUCUCCCAACAAAACCAAACUCUUCUGAGCUAAAGGGAAGCUCUCCCCUGCCCUUCCCUAGAAGAGUUCUUGGCAGUGGUGGCCAAGGCAGCAGAGAAAGGGCUGAGCAGGUGGGCAGCUGCCUCCCUUCCAGUGGGUGUCCCUUGGAAAGGGCUCUUCCUCCAAGCAGGAGCUGCAUUCCCUGCAUGGGAAGCAGCCCAGGGGGGUUAGGGAGUUUGCUCUGGCCACAGUGGUU